CCCACUAACACACCUAUAGUACGAACAAGUGCGAUAUCACGAUUUAUUAUUGUCAAGUAUCGGUACACUGUAGUAUAACCAAUCAAAUCAUUAUGCGACUUAUGAAUCAAGCAUGUGGAUGUUGAACGCUUCGGAAUAAAAGAACCUUUUUUAACAUCAUGUCUGGUAAAACUUCGAAGAGAAAAUCUUCCAGCAAUGCGAACAGCAGUAACAAGAAAGUAAAAACUGAAAACCAAACUGACAAAAAAGGGCAUUGGGCUUUUGGUUUACUUUCAGCAGUGAAUGAUCCUAAACUAUUAAUUACCGAAGACGAUAAAAUCACGAUUAUUAAAGACAAAUAUCCUAAAGCCGAAGUCCAUUAUCUAGUUUUGCCUAAAGAAGACAUUAAAAGUCUUAAAGCUGUACAAAAGGAACAUACAAGCUUACUAAAACACAUGGAAAAAGUUGGUGAACGAAUUUUUAAGGAGAAACAUCCUGGAAUGUCAUUCAAAAUGGGAUACCACAGCGAACCAAGCAUGACACGAUUGCAUUUACAUGUUAUAAGUGAUGAUAUGAAAUCCGAUUGCUUAAAAACCAAAAAGCAUUGGAAUAGUUUUAACACCGAUUUCUUUUUGAAUUCGACACAAGUUCGUGAGCAACUUGAAUCACUCGGAAAAAUAAUUAUACCUUCAGCCGAAAAAUGUAAAGAAUGGAUGAGUAAACCCCUUAAAUGCCACAAAUGUGAUUUUUUCCCCUUAAACAUGCCCGAUUUGAAGAGGCAUCUUAGUGAUAAACAUUAAAUUUAUUUGUUUUAAUGCACUGUAAUAAUAUUGUCGUAAUUUUUGUCAGAUGAAUAGAUUUAUAGAAA